GCCACACAGCUCAUGUGCUAUGGUGCCAGAGAGGUACGGCGCCCUGUCACCUAAACUAGGACGCGUCGAUGGGAACAGUCGCGGCUGAAGAAAUAGGGAUAUUGUGAAGAACUGCAAAAAAACUUUCUCUUUUGAAUCAUUCUUUUUUCCCCCAGCGAUUUCUUGCGUCUUACAUGACAAAGCAGUGGGCACUUUGAGCAUGGAAAACCUCUCCUCUGACCAGGGCCUGUGAGCUGUAAGUUCAACACUGAGAAGAUCUGUGACUGGCCGGGAGAUGGCAGACAUACUGGAGCUGCGGACAGAUGGAAACUCCCUCCUGAAGGCUGUAUGGCUCAAACGCUUGAGACUCACCAGACUCCUGUUGGAAGGAGGUGCAUAUAUCAACGAGAGCAAUGAACGUGGGGAGACGCCUCUCAUGGUGGCCUGCAUGUCCACACACACCGACCAGCAGAGUGUGAGCAAGUCGAAGCUAGUGAAAUAUCUGCUGGACAACCAGGCGGACCCCAACAUACAGGACAAAGCUGGUAGGACAGCUCUGAUGCUCGCCUGCAUCCACAAGGCCGGGCACGAGGUGGUGGAUCACCUGCUGAGCAAUGGAGCUGAUCCCAGUCUGGAGGACAGGAGCGGGGCCUCGGCCCUGGUCUACGCCAUCAACGCAGAUGAUAAGGAGACAUUAAAGCUGCUCUUGGAUGCUUGCAAAGCUAAAGGCAAGGAGGUCAUCAUAAUCACCACAGACAAGUCACCGUCUGGCACUAAAACCACCAAACAGUACCUGAAUGUCCCCCCAUCGCCAGAGCUGGACGAGAGGUCCUCCCCAGCAUACUGCACCUCUCCGUCUGAUAUUAAUGUCACUGCAUCUCCCACACCUGAGCAAGAGCAACAAAACACAGUCUUCAGUUUCCAGACCAAGCUGAAAACCUCUAGUUCGGCUGCAAAGCUCGCCAACGGGCCCACGUCCCCAACACGGCGGCCUGUUAACCCCAAACGUGCACGUUUGCCUCAGCUGAAGAGGCUGCAGUCAGAGCCUUGGGGGCUGAUUGCUCCCUCAGUCCUGGCUGCAGCUGCUGCCGCCCAUGAAGAGAGUAAGAAAGCCAGCUCUGAUGAGGACGUUGUCGCAGGGGUAAACGGACUCUCUUUGAGUAAGAGGUCGGCUUUAUCUCGACAAAGCAGUGUGGAUGGGAAGGACAGCUUUUUCCCACUGGUGGGCGAGCAGCCCUGCAAAAUGACAACCUCCAUAUCAGUCCCUCCGACGUCCAAAGCGUCAUAUGAGAGAACUCUAGGCCAGCACCAGCCUCUGGCACGGCGCAGCACUGUGCCCACAGAGCAGGAGAGCAGCAGCUGCAGCAGCAGUGGACUCGUCAGUCUGAGAGACACAAUGCAUAGGAGACGUCUGGGGAACGAUCACUAUGACUCAGACUCACAGCUCUACUCAGACUCUGCCAUGUUAGACUCUCCUAAGAUCCCAGUGGAGCGGAGGAAACUAAACACCUCUCCACUAGCGAUGCUGACCAGCUCCAGAGAGUCUCUAGACAGCAACGCCAGCCCGUCCUCUCCCAGCGCAGCACGCAGGCGUGCACCUGGCCUCCUGGAGAGGAGAGGCUCGGGCACACUGCUGCUGGACCACAUCUCCCACACCAGGCCCGGUCACCUGCCCCCUCUCAACGUCAACCCCAACCCUCCCAUCCCUGACAUCGGGGCUAGUAGCAAGCCCUCCUCACCUCUGGCCACAGGUAUUCGAUCUAUAGCUCCGGUAGCACCAAACACACCAAAGAGAGGCGGCCUCAAGUCCAAGAAGAAACUUGUGAGAAGGCACUCUAUGCAAGUGGAGCAGAUGAAGCAGCUCUCUGAUUUUGAAGAGCUGGCUCAUUAGUUAGUGGUGGCAUUUAUGCAGCACAUAUUGUGGGAGUUGAAAUGUUAACACCAUAAAUUGUCAGGAAGUACAUCAAUAGGUUCAGCUGUGUAGACUCAUGGCCAUCUAGAUGUUGAAUAAUGUAUAAUUUAUAAAUAUAUAUUGAAACUGAGCAAUAUAGAUAGACUUCCUCCCUGUGUUACACCCAACCUUAAGGAUUAUUAUCUUUUGACUUCACAACAUCUGCUGUAUAUGUAUCACAGUUUUGAAUGUAAAUGCCAAGACACGGUACAACUCCUCUGAACUAGCUCUCUUACAUGAUAAUGUAACGCGUAGGGAACAUACAGGGUCCAUUUGUAGCCAGCAGGCCACUUGGUUGCACUUAGUGCAUAUGUAAUUAGCACCAUUAAUGGAUUUUCUUUUGAAAAGAAAAAAAUGUGAUGCACUUGUCUGAGAUGUAGCUUUGAGUAA